GAAUGGAGCUUAUUCUGCAAAAUCGGGUUAUAUUGCAGCCACUAUUGAGGCAUCGCUUGGCCCUAGUCAACAAGACUCCUUUUCAGGUUUCAACUGGUUCAAAGAUCUCUGGAAUAUCAAAUGUCAACCAAAAAUCAAGUUUUUCUUAUGGAAACUUUUGAGAGACGCUUUACCUCUUGGCUCUAAUCUCAGCCUUAGAGGAUUUAACCUUGAUGCUCUUUGCCCUCAUUGCCAACAAGAAGAAUCUGGACUCCACCUUUUCUUCCAUUGCCCCUUCGCUCAGCAAGUGUGGAAAGCUGCUCCGUUCAAAGCCCCGCUUAUCCCUGGUCUUAUCUCAAGCUUACAGAUGGGGAUCGAAAGCUCACGAAAUUUGGUUAACCUUCCUCCCGUGGGAAUCGGACCAGCCCCUUUGCUACCCUGGAUCCUAUGGAACAUUUGGAUUUGCAGGAAUAAGCUGAUCUUCGAAAAAAAACAGAUCUCUCCUCAGGAGGUCCUCUCCCAAGCCACCAUUAAUGCCCGUGAGUGGAUCCUUGCACAACCAAACCAGAUUCAGACGCUUCCUACCAUCUGUGAGCCUCUGGCUGCGGUCAACAGAGCAGGGACGAUUCUCUGUUUCUCUGAUGCGGCUUGGAGGAAGGACUCUCAUGCUGCGGGAUUUGGCUGGAUCUUCUCGAAUCGCCUCUCCAACCUGGCGCACCAAGGCUCUUCUUUUGCUGCAAAUGUCGGGUCUCCUCUCCUGGCUGAAGCCAUGGCUCUCUCCUUGGCUCAAAUUCAGGCCCUAGAACUCGGUUUUAGGAACUUUUCUUUCGCUUCAGAUUCGCAAUUGCUGAUCAAAGCUCUUAAUUCAGAGUCCUCCCCAAAGGAACUCUAUGGGAUUCUCCAAGAUAUCCUUGCUCUAUCUUCAGAUUUCGAUGAAAUUUCUUUCUCUUUUGUUUCUAGGGAGAAAAACGGUUGUGCAGAUGCACUUGCAAAAUCUGCCUUAAAUUCUGCAUUUAUUGUACCAGCAUCUGUAACUGUACCGAUUCCGGUUUAAUGAAAUUCAGUUGAUUGACAAAAAAAAAAGGAAAUUCUUUUGUCUUAAAUUACUUUACAAGUUAUAUCCAACCUCUUUAUCCGAGUGUAUGCCAGCUGGAAAUCCACUUGACACAUCGGUAUUCUCUCCACGUCAGAAAAAUUAAACGUCUUAUCAACUGCCACGUGUCCAUCUGCGCCACUCACAUGUCUCACGUCGAAAUAUGAGAAAAAUUAAAGUAUGA